AUGGCCGCAGCGACAUUGGGACCGACGCCUGCCUCGGCCCUGCUUGUUGAAGAAUCGUGGAUUCGACAGAUUCUGAGCGGCGCCAAAACGUGGGAGCUGCGGGGAUGCCGGACAGCGAAGCGCGAGCGCAUUGCUCUCGCAUACAAAGGCUUCUUGUUUGGCGAGGUAGACAUCGUUGACUGCCUGGCAGUGGGCCGUGUGGACGCGGGCGGCCAGCUCUUGGCUGUGGAAGGCCACGAGCAGCACCACCUUCUUCUGCCCCACAACAUGACGAAGCAUAAUGUCUCCAGGGAGCGUCUGGCCAGCUUCCGCUGGCGCCGCUGGUAUGCGUGGGUGCUCAGUGAUCCCGUGAGCUAUGAGGUGCCGAAAGCCUAUCGCCACCCGACAGGCGCCCAGCAGUUCGUCCGACUGGACCGUGACAAGACACUGUCUGCUGAUUCUUCUGAGACUGCAGCUGCUAGCGCUGCUUGCAAGAAGCGUAAGCGCAGCCCGCACUGA